AUGCUCACCAGGACCGUUUUUACUUCGACGCUCCUUGCGGGCUUUGCGGCCGCCGCUCCCAAGCCCCAGGUUGCGGGUUACUCGGCUGCGGAUGCUAGUUUCACGGUCUCUUUCCAGCCCGCUGAGACUCCCGCCACCAUCUUUGGACCUGAUUCUCAAGUUCCCGCUAUCCCAACAGCACCUGGAUCGGCGCCUCCACGGAGGAGUUCUGAUGUCGAUGGUCCUACCAGCCAUGGACCUUAUGAUGGCACCCCCACAGUGACUGGAGCAGCGAAGGCGCCGGCUACGCUCGGAACUGCUAUCGCUCCUCUACCACCAAAUCCCACUGCCACCUACUACAACAAAAAUGGACUUCCUCAAAACCCCAUGCCUAUUCCAUACACGCCAGCAGGUGGUCUUGGUACCAACGGUACCGAGCCUCGCUAUCAAGUGAACAGCGAUUUCGACUAUGAGUCGAUCACCCUCGGUCUCUACCAGGAAUGGAUUGAACUCGAUCUCUUUAACAACGGUCUCGCUGUAUUUUCCGAGCAAGACUUCCUCGACGCUGGUCUUACUGCUGAAGACCGUGCCUACAUUGCCUUUAUGGCUAUCCAGGAGAGUGGUCACGCCACACUUCUGACCAACAUGCUUGGGGAGACUGCUCCUCCUCAGUGUACAUACAACUACCCGUACCGCACUGUUCGCGAGUUCAUCGAUUUCAACAUGAAGGUUACACGCUUCGGUGAAUCCGGUGUUUGGGGGUUUCUCGCCCAUCUCGAUUCACGCGAGGUUGCCAACCUUCUGGCUCUCUCGAUUGCCACCGAGACGCGCCAGCAGAUUUCUUUCCGCCAGAUGCUUGGUCUCCCACCGCAGCCUGUAUGGUUCGAGGCUGGUAUUCCCCAGUCGUGGGCAUGGACAUAUCUUGCUCCUUAUAUCAGCUCUUGCCCCCAAAACACUACCCGUCUUGCAUGGCAGAACUUCCCGGCUCUGUUCAUCGACAACCAGCCGAACCCCAACCGCUUCUCGCCUAACGACACCAAGCCUCAUGAGGUCGCUGGCAAGCGUGUUGCCGACCCCGCCGACUCUACCAUUCCUGCGGAUGAGAGCUGUGUCAAUGUCAACGCUACCGAGUAUCCGGGAUACUCUUGUGCUCCAGGUGUAGCACGCAAUCGCUCUGAGCCGCUCUCCUUCCCCGGCAAGCUCCUCAACCUGACUUGGGAGAGCCCUGGUCAGGCCGUCGGACCCAACAACUCCUAUGUCACCUCUACUUCUGCAGGUGCACCAAAAUUUGUUGCUUGGGUUGCUCAGCUCAACUUGACCUACACGCCUCUCGAGAUCACUGGCAACAACACUGGAUACACUUAUCAGCCUGCUGGAGAGGUGUAUCAGGGCGACCCAGCUGUGAACGACACCAUGUUCAUCGCACUUACUGAUUCUGAUGUGUUCCUCACGCCAUUCAAUCUGAGCAUGAUCAAUCCUCAUGUUGUUGCGCUUGGUCUAUAUCAGGCCGGCUAA